UUUAACUAAUAGGUCGUUUUGGCCAUAUAGCCUGUCUAUCAAUGGAAGGAGGAUCUCUUGAGUCUUGGAGAAAUCGUGAGAAAACGAGUUAUUAUCUAAGUCCUCACCGCUCCAUUAUGUUUAGCUAGAUAUUUCUAUAUAUCUGGCUAUACAGCUUAUAUACUAUAGUGUAAAAACAUGCGAUAUAGGAAGCCUAGAGUUUGUAUUGCAUUACGGGGUAUUCUGACAUGAGACAGUAUGAGCCUGCUCGGCUAAUACACUGGUUUUGAGAGCAUUUUGGAAGGAUUGUUUGGGUCAAGGCUGAUAGAGGACCUUCGAUUAUUCAAAGGAACACUUACUUGGCCUGAACAACGACAGUUUGGGCAGUGUGGCAAGACCAUUGUCCUUCAUUAAAGAUCAAUUCAAUAUCAACAACCUUGAGAGGGAAGCAGAGGAAUUCCUCAAUGCAGUCUUGCACAGGAAAGACAUCCCAAGCUUCUCAGACCCGGACAUUCCUGUAGUGGCUCGUGAAAUAAUGCAGCGAAUGAUCCGUCAGUUCGCUGCCGAAUAUACCUCAAAAACAAGCUCUGCUCAGGGCACACCCCAGCCCAACGGCACCUCGGACCAAAGCCUGCUGACCACACGCUCCCAAACACCGGCUCCCGCGGCUCCUGCUGCUCCCGCUCUGGCCGGCCUCACAUCGGCCAGGAACCCUGUCCUCAGCCAGCUUCUUAUGGCGGAACAGGAAGCUCCCCUCGACCUCACAGUCAAGAGGCCCGACAUCAUUGUCUGUGAGCAAGAUGGUGUCCUUGAUCUCUCAACCAAGAAAAACCGGAACAGAGGAGCUGUAUCAGUCAGAACCCCUGCUGCGCCUUUGGUUAAGGGUGACUCUCACAACCUGGGUCUUGCUUAUGCAAGAGAUCAACAGUCCACGUCUGAUCUAGAACGAUUUAUGGCCAAGCUUUGUUUGCAUCACCAGCGUCAGAUUGUUGAUGCACUGGGAUAUUUGGAGACUGAAGUCAAGGCUUCAACCACUGUUUCACAUGUGUCUGUAAGAGCAGUCCCAGAUGAACAGACACCUGUGAGUGCUGGUCAGGAACGCUCAGAGACCCAACAUCCUGAGAGAACGCUUGUACUUUCCUCCAAAGCCAGAUGCAAAGCAGAGUUGUUGGAAUCAGCAAUUCAGGGGAACAGCAAAAAGGUAGCAUUAAAAAAAGACACUUACUUUCCUGAUUCACACAGUGUGAGUGGGAGUUCACUUUUGGAUCUUCGUAAAGAUGGGAUCGAGGGUGGCAACAUUUUGUCAUCUCUUCUUACUAGUUCAAAGGAAUAUGAAACUGUAAGCCGCCAAUAUCAGUCAACCCAUGGACUUAGUAGUACCAACUCUGUACGUCAAUCAAAAGCUAAAGAUAAGAUGUCAAGCAGUCAUCUCUCUAUUGACUCUUUAGAAGAACAGCAGUGUGCAUCUGACACUGUACUACAGUGUACAACAAGUAGCAGUGAAUUAGAGGUCAUUGGAGUGUCCCCAUCUUAUGAUGGGCAUGAAUUCUCAGAACAUCUGCAACACUCCAAUCAAGGUUUUCCAGGACAAACCAAAGAUAUCCCAACCCGGCAACCACUAGUCCUGAGGCCUAACACACCCAGAACAGCUAGAAAGAGCAGACGAGGAUCCUUCCCUCGAACAAAGGAUGGUUCUGUUUGUCGCAUUGAUCCUGAUAGUCAUUGUGACAUUGUUUAUAUUGGGAAAUCAAUUACAGAGUGUCAGUUAGAGCCUUUGAACCGAAUGUUACCACGACGGAAUGCCAGGAAGAGCAUAAGAGGGCACAUGUCAACUGAAGAUUACCUGGAACUCCGAACUGUAAGAACACUGGCCAGGAAAUCGGCAGAAAAUGGAAGUGGCAAUUGUCCUGCACCAAUGCCCAUCAUCACAUUAGUCACUCCAAAACAGGCCCUUGCCAAGCCUGAUGGUGUCCCCCAGUGGACAUGCCAUUUGCAGGAGGUUGUGGGGAAUCCAUACAGCAGACGACGCCAUCAGAGACCUCAGCGGAGAAUGAAAUGCUUGGUGAUGUGUUGACC